CCUCCCACGGAGGGAUGAGUUAGGCUGGAGCUGGCGCCGACGCGGGUCCCCGCGCAGAGCCUUCGGUAAGCCAAGAGAGAGCUGCUCCCUGGGUUGCUUCCUGCACCCUUCCCAAGUGUGAACACAUCACAGCCAGCACAGAGAAGGGCCUCCUCUUGUCUUCAAGGCACUUGCCUCUGCCUCCUGUUCUUUUGUCUGAAAGAAGGAAAAGCCAGACCAAAUCAGUCCAUAAAGAAUUUGCGCUGGUCUAAGGAGGAGGCUCUAGAGUCUCUUCACCUCUUUUCUUCCUAGGAUCCUGGCUGUGGGCUGGAUUUUCUGGUCUCCACUUCAGGGGAUCAGUUACAGGGAAUCAGGAUCUCAGAAUCUUUUGGUUUUGCUUUUACUUGAACCCUUUCAACUGGGAAGCUGAAGCUAUCACUGCUGAAAUCCCAUUUUUUUCCCCCAAGCAUGUCAGAAAGCUGGCAGCAGCAACAGCAGCAACCACAGCAGCCUCCGCCACCACAGCAGCACCACGCUGGGGCAGCCGCCCUCCCAGAGCACUCCAUCCCUCCCAGCACUGCUGACAACCCCUUGGGCUGUGCCGUGUACGGCAUCCUGCUCCAGCCGGACCCCGGACUGCAGCACCACCAGCACGCCCCCAUCCAGGCUGGAGAGCCAUCCCACAAAUGUGGUGUGUGUGGCCAUGACCUCGCUCACCUCUCCAACCCCCACGAGCACCAGUGCUUGCCAGGCCAUGACCGCUCUUUCCAGUGUACCCAGUGCCUGAAGAUCUUCCACCAGGCCACCGACCUCCUCGAACACCAGUGUAUCCAGGUGGAACAGAAGCCCUUUGUGUGUGGGGUUUGCAAGAUGGGCUUCUCCCUCCUGACCUCGCUGGCGCAGCACCACAAUGUCCACAACGGCAACGCCAUGAAGUGCUCUAUCUGUGAGAAGACCUACAAGCCUCCCGAGGUAGAGCACUCACAGGCUCUCGACCCGUCGGAGAAGCCCUACAGCUGCUCCAUCUGUCAGAAAACCUUCAAGCACCUCUCGGAGCUGUCCCGGCACGAGCGCAUCCACACGGGCGAGAAGCCCUACAAGUGCACGCUGUGCGACAAGAGCUUCAGCCAGUCCUCCCACCUGGUGCACCACAAACGGACCCACAGCUCGGAGCGGCCCUACAAGUGCACGGUGUGCGAGAAGACCUUCAAGCACCGCUCCCACCUGGUGCGCCACAUGUACGCACACUCGGGGGAGCACCUCUUCAAGUGCAACGUGUGCGAGCUGCACUUCAAGGAGUCCUCGGAGCUGCUGCAGCACCCCUGCACGCCCAGCGGGGAGCGGCCCUUCCGCUGCGGGGAGUGCCAAAAGGCCUUCAAGCGUCCCUCGGACCUGCGGCAGCACGAGCGCACGCACAGCGAGGAGCGGCCCUUCAAGUGCGACCUGUGCCAGAUGAGCUUCAAGCAGCAGUACGCGCUCAUGCGCCACCGCCGCACGCACAAGGCCGAGGAGCGCUUCAAGUGCAACCUGUGCGAGAAGGGCUUCGUGCAGCCCUCGCACUUGGUGUACCACCAGCACGUGCACGGCAUAGAGAACCUCUUCAAGUGCAACGUGUGCCAGAAAGGCUUCAACCAGUCCUCGGAACUGCUGCGGCACAAGUGCGUGCAGAACGCGGAGCGGCCCUUCAAGUGCGCGGUGUGCAACAAGUCCUACAAGCGGGCCUCGGCUCUGCAGAAGCACCAGCUUGCCCACUGCGCCGAGAAGCCGCUCAAGUGCACGCUCUGCGAGAGACGUUUCUUCUCCUCCUCGGAGUUCGUGCAGCACCGCUGCGACCCGGCCCGCGAGAAGCCCCUCAAGUGCCCCGACUGUGAAAAGCGGUUCAAGUACGCCUCGGACCUGCAGCGCCACCGGCGCGUGCACACGGGCGAGAAGCCCUACAAGUGCUCCUCCUGCGAGAAGGCCUUCAAGCAGCGUGAGCACCUCAACAAGCACCACAGCGUGCACGCCCGCGAGCAGCAGUACAAGUGCAUGUGGUGCGGGGAGCGGUUCCUGGACUUGGGCCUGCUGCAGGAGCACAGCGUCCAGCACACGGCCGAGGGUGCCUACCAGGUGGCUGCCUGCUUGCCGUGAGCCUCCCGCCCUGCGGUGGCUUUCAGCUUGCAUGGGACGCUUCCGAGCCUCAGCCUUCCCUUCCCUCUCCUCGGAUGUUGGCAGCCUCCAGGGAGUGUGGGGGAAAGGGGGUUACGGUGUGUGGGCAGGUAGAACUUCCCUCUGGCCUCAGUGGUUGAUAUGCCGCCUGUAUCGAAGUAGCAACAGACGACGUGAACAUCUCAAAAGGGGGGAAAGGAAAGGAGGGAGGUGGAGAGAGGAAACUACUGCCUGUAGAUGUCUGGUGUUCCCAGGACUGUAGUUCAUGCUGUACCUGCGGUUCCGGUCCUGGGAGCUCAGCUGUCUGUUGCAGGCACCAGCUCUUUGUGUACAGCCUUGCCUGGCAGGGUUGGUAGGGAGGGUUGGGUGACUCUCCUCCUGGAGAGGGUUUAGGAGCAAGGCAGAGCCGGCCCUCCCUUCUCCCAGGGUGGGCUGCUUGGCAUGGAGAUAGCAGGUUUCUGUUGCUGGGGUCUCCCAGCUUGGUCCGAGCUCAGUUGAGGGCACCAUUUCAGAUUGUUAGUGUUGAUUGACUGCCCCAACCUCCCCUGCCCUCCCUCCUUCUAGAGUGUUGAAAGGGAAAAGCCAUGGGGCUUCACAGCUCCAAAAAGCACUUUGGCAUUGCUGCCUUUGCAGUCGCUGGCUGUCACACUCUGCAAGGGUUCUGAGUGAGCCUGCCUGCCCCCUGUCCCUGCCAGCUGCACAGGGAGCUGUAGGAAGCACUGUGCUGCUACCAGAAAGCGUGACAAGGAGCACUGGGACAUUCUGUCUGGGAGGAGGUAAUGGAUUCUCCCUCUCUGGAGACAUUCAAAACCCACCUGGACAUAUUUCUGCGUAACCUGCUUUAGGUGACCCUAACUUAGCAGGGGGGUUGGACUAGAUGAUCUCCAAAGGUCCUUCCAACCCUAACAGUUCUGUGACUCUGUUACAGCAUUCAUACCCUGCUCCUGACCAAAAGCCUGGCGUUCAAGAGCUGCUUCCCAAGGGGAAGAGCUGAUAGCCCUCCUGCUGAGCCUUGCCUCCAGCCCCUUGAGAACCCUUUGGGCUGAUACCUUCAUCAGUGGUACCUCCAGCAGGGUCAGGCAAAGGGCUGUCACAGCUCCAACACUAAUGGGUGAGAUGAACACUACAAUAACCUGUAACUGCAGAGGUGUUGCCGUGGCCAGCAGUAACCCACGGCACGUGCCAAGGGCUUGGUGUCUGAUUUGCUGGAGGAACCUGAGCAAGCAGGAGAAUCCUUUUUGGACUGCAGGCUUGACUCCAUGAGGAGGGCAAAGUCAGCAGUGGGUAAAGGAGAAGUCUGUUUUUUCCCCUCUUGCAGGAGUCCUGUUUUACCCCUUUGCCCUUUCUUUACCUCGUCUUGUAUUUUUCAGGUUUUGCACACUUCUUGUAAACAUCACUUAAAAAUAAAUCUCCCCUAGCAAGGUUGAUGCAGCCUCAGGUGUUUUCCUCUGCAGGAAUUUGCUGGCUUCUCAUGUCCAAGAGAUCCAUUUACAUGUCAGUUAAAUGCCUCGAAGCUUGAAGAUGUGCCUACUAGGUUGUCCCCCAGUCUUCCCCUCUCCAUCUUUGGAGAUACUAAGAUGUUAAGUAUCCAUCUGUGGAGAUGCUCAGUCCCUGACUGGAUGUGGUCCUGGACAACCUGCUGCAGCUGACCCUGUGCGAGCAAGGAGUUGGACCUGAUGGUCUGCAGAGGUCCCUGCCAGCCUCAGCUUUUCUGUGUUGUUGGCUGGUGCUUUUGUGAGGUUGUAGUGAGCAGCAGCCAGUAAAUUCCCAUGUGCUGCACGAGUGAUUAGGACAAGGUCAAUAACUGUUGUCUGUGGCAAGUGUAGACAGAUUAACCUUGCAGAGGCUUGGGCUGGGCCUGCAUCUCUCCUCGGGACACUUGUCUGAAAGGUGGAGGAAGGCUUUGGUUUUCCAUUUCCAGUAUGGUGAGGAGGCGCAGGGUGCAUUUUCAGGGGCUGGGACGGUGCGGUGACAGGGUAGACCCUGGGGUUGAGUCUUCUUCAUGUGCAACUUUAAGGAGAUUAAAACAGAAUGUGCUCUCUGCUGCCCAAGGAAGAGGGACCUAUGAUGGUUAUCCUACUUUGUGCUGCCUCAAAGAUGUAGAACUUCCUACCAAGUUUUCCAUCUGUGUUUCUUUUCCCUCUCUUUUUGUUUUACCUUUUUUUAAAGCAGUUUGUUAAAAUUCA